AUGUCGCUCAACACGUCUCACACUCCCGAUGGACACGGAAUUUUGAUUUAUAACGGAGAAAUGAUUCUCCUCUACACGACAAAUAUAAAGCUGAAGUUUGAGAAGUACAACGUUCCAGCGUUCAAAUCGACAAAGUCUGGUGCUCUCUACCUCACGUCGCAUAGAAUCAUCUUCAUGAACGACAAUAAGAAGGACGAGUUCAAAUCUUUCGCAAUGCCAUUCCACUCGGUCCGCGAUGUGAAACUCGAACAGCCGCUUCUCACUCCAAACUACCUCAAGGGAUGGGUUACACCGAUGCCAGGAGGAAACUUUGAAGGAUGUCCUGAGUGGCGUUUGUCGUUCCCGAAAGGAGGAUGUAUCGAAUUCGGAGAGGCUCUUCUUCGUGCCGCCGAUAUGGCAUCUCGUGCUCGCCCGUUCGCUGCUCCACCUGCCUACGCUCCGGCUCAUAUGCAGCAGGCGUCAGCCACAACGUACUAUGCAGCUCCACCAACCUACUACUUGGUGCAAGGAACGUAUCAAGGAUUCCAAGCUCCGACAAAUGUCUUCCCAGAGCGUCCACCAGCACAAAACGUUUAUGUCUACGAUAUGCCACCACCAUACCCAGGAAUUGGACAAACUAAUCCCUACCCAGCUGGGCAAUUCCAACCAGUGGGUACUGUUCCGUAUUCAAACAUUGGCGCUUACCCUGGACAACAGCAACAGCAGCCAGGAGCACCAUACAACCCAUAUCCCACUAAUCAGCCACCGCAACCUGGAAUGAAUAUUGGACAAGGAGCGGGUCCAAGCAAUGGUCUCCCAGCCUAUAAUAACAUUCAGCAACAAUCCACUGCUCAACCACCAGCCUACAAUGCCUAUCAAGAGGCUCCACCACUUCCUUCUAAGAAUGGACCAUUGUAA